CAUCACUGCCGUUCUGUUCUACUCCUUCCAUCUAAAACAAGAAAUUAAUCUAGUGUGACUGUACGUUUUGCGUUUCAUUUAGCAUUAUAUUUAGCAGUUAUAUUUAACAAACUACUAAAAAAGUAAAUAAAACUUGGAGUGAUUGAAAAAAAAUUGAGCGUUUAUUGCAGUGAUUAACCAAACAGCACUUUACCAACAUGUCAGCGAAUGGUAAUAAUCCAAACAAUGGCAACACCGAAGGUGCUCCCGAAGAAACACCUAUUUCCGUAAGACUAGAUAUUGCAGAUAGAAUGAAACGAUGGAAUGGCAAAGUUGCAGUAGUUACCGGUGCGAGCGGUGCAAUUGGCGGUGCCAUUGCACAAGAACUGGUCAAGGCAGGAAUGAUCGUAUGUGCAUUGUCAAGGCGCCGAGACAAAGUGGAAAAGCUGCGUGCCAGUCUUUUUGAUGUGGCAGGUAAUCUGAAUUGCGUCGAGUGUGACAUAACCGUAGAAGAAGACGUGAAGCAUGCGUUUGGAUGGAUCGAAGGCACAUACGGCGGAGUAGACAUGCUAGUUAACAAUGCUGGAAUUAUCACAAAAUGCUUGUUAACAGAAAAAAAUAAUACUCGUGAUCUGUACACGACUAUGGAGACGAACAUUAUCGGUUUGUGCUUAUGUACGAGAGAGGCUGUGAAGUCUAUGAAGGCCCGUGAUGUGAAGGGACACAUCAUCAACAUUAACAGUAUAUUCGGGCAUAAGGUGCACCAAGCUGUGCCAGGAACUCGGCCAUUGAACGGAAUGUACCCGGCAUCUAAGUACGCCGUUACAGCAAUCACAGAAUGUAUCCGACAAGAACUUGUGUACUUGGAUUCGGGAUGCAAAGUUACGAGUAUUAGCCCAGGUUUGGUAGAAGGUGAUAUUUUAUCGACGUCAACUGUUAAAGAGAAUGAAAUUGUUAAAUAUAUGCCCAAACUAAAACCUGAAGAUGUGGCUGAGGCCGUUUUGUUUGCCAUCACAACACCAGACAAUGUUCAGAUUCACGAGCUGGUUAUUAAACCAAUGGGCGAGUUCGUAUAAAUAAACGCACAAAAUAUAAAGUACUGUCAUGUUUUUAAUGCUAUUUGAAAGAUUAUUGUUCCCGAGCACAUAUUUCCAACCUAGCCGA